AUGGCAGUUCACUCCAAAUCAGCAAUCCCACUCUUCAUCUUCCUUGCACUUCUCCUCCUCCUGCUCCCCUGUGCCGCGAUUCUGUGGCACGGGAAACGCAAAUUCCGUGAGCAAAGGAGGCGGCGAAGAUCGAGACAAAAGACCGUCCAGAAAAUCAUCCAUACCAUGUCAACGCCAAUAGAGAUGGGCAAGAUCCGAACUCCAACAGUAGGAGUUGCACCUUGGCGAGAGCGGAUUCAAGCAAGGAAACUCCCACUCGCAUGGCGUGGACCGGACGGCAAGUUCAUCAUUCCAAACCAAGCCAGCAACGGACAACCCUCACCGAGCCAAGGAGCAAGAAUCAGUGUCGAAGAGGGACAACCCUCGAUACCGAGCCCGCGCUCCACCCCCCACUUCAACACACCCGGAGAACCACUACUGCCGACGCAGUUCGCCACCGUUGUGGACCUCGAAUCACAACCGUUUGAUCUGAAGCCCGCACCACAGUUCAAGAAAAAACAGAGUCAUGCCAGAGUGCACAAAGCUCCACAGCGGAAAGCCGGCCUGGCUGAAGCACCGCAUGUCGAUAGUCAAUAUGGGAUUCCAGGGGACAACGUCGAGUAUGACACUCAGGCUCAAACGCAGAAGGAUUUUGUUUAA